GAAGUCACCAUAUGGUGCCUUUGGUACGUCGCCUUUGAGUGCUGAAGAUAAGAUGCAGACUCGACUAAGGUGUAAAACUUGUAAUCGUUACUGGUCGAAGCAACCAACAAUACGUCACUACUACAGGUUUGGAACUAUGGUUGGCGACCGUCUCGAAGCCUAUCCUGGAAGAAUCAAUGUAAUCACAAACAUUUCCGCACUCAAAGUACUUUCACAGAACCAGCGACAGCUCAACUAGCGCGUAGGCGCUUUGAAAAUCCUCUCACAGCUUUAGAAGACCACAACCCACAUCCCAGGCCAUCUACUUCCCUCUCAUCCUAAUCAAGGGUGCUCUACCUCGC